AUGGCAGCAGGAGCUGCAACAAAUGGUGGUUCAAUCCCAGCUGAUAAGGAAACUGAUAGUCGAAGCAAAGGAAAGGAGGGAGGGCCUUCUCUCAACAGUUUAGCCCUCAUGAGAAAUGCAACCACGCCAGCCAACAUUUCGUCCGUCGACGUGAAGGAUUGGCGUUGCGUGGUAUCUGAAGGAGUGCUCCUGAAAAACAACACACAGAAGUUUUGGGUUGAGGAUAAGCUCCACAAGAACUGCUUCCUGGUCCUUCCCAAGGCGUGUGACAUUGCUGGGGACGACGAAGAAAGUUGCUGGAGUUGGAUCACCAAGGAAGAAAAAUGGUUCAGUUUCCGCAGCACUGUAGACAUACUCGUCCCCAAAUCAAAGAAGUCAUCCUGUCUCUUAAUUCAGGGAAGAUUCGACACAAGAGUGCUCUCUCCUAAUACUACGUAUGAGGUCGCAUUCGUGGUCCAACUCGCCGGAACUAACCCUGAGUGGUAUUCUCCGGCGAAGCUCGAGCUAGACCUACCGGAUGGAACAAAACAUACCCGCACUGAGGAUCCGCUACAGAUGCCGGUUUACGAAUGGAGAGAGCUCCGUGCCGGCGAGUUCAUGAUGGGCCCAAAGACCGGGGGGAAGAUUUGUUUCUCCCUCCAGGGAAGGCUCGAUCCUGAAAAGACGGGCUUUAUCCUCAAGGGCGUUCUUAUUCAUCCCAAGGAUUCAGCAAAGCAAUAA